AUGUUCGUGUUUGGCAGUCUUGAUGGUUCCACAGGCCUGUGCUUGGAUGUGCUUGAAGCCGCACGAAACUUUGUUGCUGCUCCAUUUUCAUUCGCCUUCUUCGACUUUGCAGCCAAGUUGGCUGUCGUGCAGAUCGAGCACAGUCGUGUUCGAGGUGCCUGGCUGCAUUCACUUCCCACGGAUGACCGUUUUGGAUGUUCUGCAAGUCCAUUUGAUCAUCAUUUCGAGUGGUUUUGUGCACGUUUACGAGGUCACUUCUACGGCCUUAGUCAUAUCUGCAGUGUGGAUUUGUGUUGGUAG